CUGAGUUUUACGUCAAAAUUGGUUUUCGACUAUGUAGUUUCUGAACUUUUAAGUUCAAAUAAUAUUAUUAACCCUCUAAACCCAAUCAAAUGGCUGAUGUGGAGGAAGAGGAAGCUCCUCCAGAGACAGUAGAUGACCCAAAUAAUGGAAAUGAAGCUGAAGAGGAUCUUAACGGAGAAGGCGAAGAUGGUGACGAGGAGCAGGUUGAGGAAGAACAGGAGUCUGAAGAAGAAGAAAAGGAUCUCUUUGAACUUUUGGACGAAAGCGCGGAGGAAGACGAGGAAGAGCAGGCAAUUUACCAGGAAUAUCUAGAGGUGGUCAAGGAGAUCGACACUCAGAACUUGGUCAUACAAGAGCUGAAAGCAAAGUCUUGUCAAUUGAUGAACAAAAAAUGCAAGACCUACGAGGACAAGCAGGAGUACAAGCGACUGAGGGCCUGUCAGGAUCAAGGGGACAUCCGUUUGAGGAGCCUGGUCAAUCGAGCCAUUCAACUGCAGAACUUUGGAUCUCCCAGGCAGUACAGAGAUAUUGAAAUGGAGCUUACAGAAGUCGAGCAAAGUUACUUCUUCACUGCCCUUCAGUCGACGUUUUCAUUUACAUGCCCAACCCACUCGGAUGGAGAAUCCUGUCAAGGAUGCUUCUUCUCGGACUCUAGCUCAGAUUCAGAUGAUGGUCUGUGCUGUUCGUAAAUUUAGGCUACUUUGUUUGGGAUAGUAUAGGGGUUAUGUUGGGGCACUGGUUUUUAAAAGUGAUUUUGGACUUUAAGCAAUAAAAAACUA